CAGCGACGCGCGGCCCCGCGCCCAACCUCACAAAGAAAAAAUAAAAUAAAAAAAUGCUCAUCUUCUCACCUCUGUGUCAACAAUCAUAAGUUCAGUGCUGUGUAAAUAAAUAAGGGUUUUCAGUUCAUUAAAAUGCCAAGUCAUAAAAUAGAUAUGCCAUUUAAUCUAAACAUAAAAGCGAUCAUAACUUUCACGUGUAAUUUAUUGGUCCUCAUUAUGUGCCACGAUAUGGAAUCCGAAUCGUUUUAAAGUAAAUAAUGACAAUAAGACAAUAACUAGAGUUAAAUAAUAAUAAAGUAAUAGAAAACACGAAAGAUGGCGAACACAGCACAUUUGAUGCGGCGACAAAGCUCGCGGGAUCUCUACGCACAGCGGUCCAUAGACAGAAUGGAGAUGAAGGAGCUGCGGGGCAGGCUCGUCACCAUGGAGAACGGCCACCCCUCGCACCGCACGCACGUCAUGUACGGCGCCACCAACGAGGCCUUCGAAGACACCAGCCCCAACAGACGCUCCUCAGAGACCCCCACCAGCAAGGCCAGCUCAGUAGAAGCCAGCGGCGUGAAGCCCGAAGGUGGCGGAGUCGAGAGAGAAUCCUGGGACAGCAAGCUGACUUUCCUCCUAGCUACAGUUGGGUACGCUGUGGGCUUAGGCAACGUGUGGAGAUUCCCAUACUUAGCUCAAAAGAACGGUGGGGGAGCAUUUUUGAUUCCGUAUUUCGUGAUGUUGGCUAUUGAGGGGAUACCGAUAUUUUAUUUGGAACUGGCGAUUGGGCAGCGUUUGCGGAAGGGUGCUAUCGGGGUCUGGCACCAGGUGUCUCCUUAUUUGGGAGGUAUCGGGAUAAGUUCGGCAGUGGUGUCGUUCAACGUGGCACUGUAUUACAACUCUAUUAUUGCGUGGUGUCUGUUCUACUUCGCUCAGAGCUUUCAGGCUGAGCUGCCCUGGGCUGAAUGUCCUAAGAAGUACUUUCCCAAUGGAUCCUAUACAACGGAACCGGAGUGUGCUGUGAGCAGUCCAACCCAAUACUUCUGGUACCGCACAACCCUUCAAAUAUCAGAAGACAUAAACCACCCAGAAACCUUCAACUACAAAAUAGCACUAGCCUUAGUCAUUGCCUGGAUUCUAGUCUACCUGUGCAUGAUCAAAGGCAUCGCGUCCUCAGGGAAGGUGGUCUACGUCACUGCCACCUUCCCCUACAUAGUCCUCGUUAUAUUCUUCUUUAGAGGCAUAACCCUUAAGGGCAUGAGUGACGGACUGAUUCAUUUAUUCACUCCGAAGUGGCACAGGAUUUUAGACCCUGUGGUAUGGCUGGAAGCUGGCACACAAAUCUUCUUUUCCCUUGGCCUCGCUUUUGGGGGUCUAAUAGCCUUCUCUUCAUACAACCCAGUUGACAAUAACUGCUACAGAGAUGCGAUUAUGGUCUCUAUGACAAACUGCUUAACGUCCAUGUUUGCUGGCAUCGUGGUAUUUUCUAUAAUUGGGUUUAAGGCUACGAUGGUGUAUGAGAAGUGUUUGGAUGUGAGGAAUGAGACUUUGCUGGAGGUGUUUGGGCCUGCCUUUAAGUCCUUGGUACUGCCUGAGGCUGGGCAGACGGUGACGGUGGACCUGAAUGGGAAUCUGACGUCGUUGGUGAUGCCUCAUCUACCUGAAUGCGACUUGCAGAAGGAGUUAGAUAAUACCGCCUCCGGCACAGGCCUCGCCUUCAUAAUCUUCACGGAAGCCAUAAACCAGUUCCCUGGAGCUCAAUUCUGGUCCGUCCUCUUUUUCCUGAUGCUCUUCACAUUAGGAAUAGACUCCCAAUUCGGUACUCUUGAAGGAGUGGUCACAUCUAUAGUGGAUAUGAAACUAUUCCCGAAUUUGAGAAAGGAGUAUCUAACAGGAGGCUUGUGCCUCCUUUGUUGCCUGUUGUCUAUGGGCUUCGCUCAUGGUUCUGGCAGCUAUAUAUUUCUACUGUUUGACAUGUAUAGCGGGAAUUUCCCGCUGCUAAUCAUAGCGUUCUUCGAGUGCGUUGGGAUUGCCUACGUCUAUGGAGUUAAAAGAUUCGCAGACGACAUCCAGCUGAUGACGGGCCAAAGACCAGGGAUAUACUGGCUAAUCUGCUGGAAGUACCUGUCUCCUCUAGCCAUGCUGUCCAUUCUAGUAUCCUCGUUCGUGGAGCUGGCUACCGAAGGCUCCGCGUACGAUGCCUGGAUCAAGUCCAUAGGGGAUACAGAGAGGAAACCCUGGCCCGUGUGGGCGGUACUUCUAGUAUUGGUGCUGGUUUUAGCAUCCGUGUUGUGGAUACCAGUGCUGGCUAUCUGCAGAUACUUCGGCAUCCCCAUAAUAGACGACGAAGAACGCGCCUGGUUCCCCGCCGAAGAGUUGAGAGACUUCCACGGCAUAGAACCGAGACCCGUCUCCACGACGGAAACCCUUCUGUUCUGCACACGACCUGAUGGCUCCGAAGGCUGCUGCUGGCCAGGCUGCUGCGAAACUGAUGAUGAGGAGUAGUCUUAUCACAAGGACGUAAGUUCUAAACAUAGGUCUUUCUUAUAGGUCUCCAAAGACCGGUUGGAAGUCGUGUAUGUUCAGUCUAGUAGUAUGGAAACUGGUGAAAGUUGAAAAGCAGUUAAUAGGAUGGGAUUUCUGCGGUGCACUGGAGUGGUAUUGAAUGACUUUCCACUAGGAAUUUUCGAAGGUUAGGUAGGACAUAUCACGUUGUCAAAGUUUGGAUAGUAUGGCAAGAUCAAAUAUAUCAAGUUUGUUUUGGUAUUUGAUCGAACAUACAAGAGCAAUGAAAGACAACUGACAAUAAUAGGUCGCUGUACGUCGUUUAUACAAUUUAGUAUUCCAAAGGGAAAGUCAGUAUGUACGUAAGUGGAAAAGUACUUCAGUAGCGCCGCAGUAUUCUUUAUCAUAUAAUUAAAUAGUGACAGAUAAUAUCUUAUUUAUACCAUUUAGACAAAUAAUUAUUAAAGAACAUAUACAAUAACAAGUUUUUCCCAUUUUUAGGGCCAUUCACAUAUCUUUUAAAUCAUUCGUUGCCUAAGAUGUAUAAUUUUCUAGAAUUUUCUACGAGUUUUGCUAUGUCUAUCAUUGUACCUAAGUAGGUACAGGGUAAAGCCUAGCUACGGGGUUAGCGAAGAUAUCUUUUGACAGUUACAAACGCUAGCAAAGGCGAAUAAAAAUAUGGAAAUAAUAUUUCAAGUCGAUAAAUCACGUGAAAAACAUGAUUUUAUUUUUUCGAGUCUUUCGUCAUCUCAACACACUUAACUCAUAACGAAUGUGUUCAGUUGGUGAAACUCAAAAUUUUAACAUUUAUCAUGUCGUCAACUCGACACGUCAAGAUUUUGAUGCGUGUUCAGUUGGUGAAACGUAAAAUAUACCUCAAUCAAAGAAAAACAUUAAUAAAAAAAAACAAAGUAUUAUGAAUAAAUAUUACAGAAGGUAUUUGAAAAGUCUUUUGUCGAUAAGUUGAAGAAAAAGUGCAUUACAUUAGUAAUCAGACAGCGAAUAUCUUCUGUUAAGUUAUGUCUCCCUAGUACUUGUGACAAACAAUGAUUCGAUUUCAAUACCAUUAUUUUAUUGUAGAACAUUAUUAAAAGUUGCUGAUGCAUCUGGCUUCAAUGCACUUAUGGUUUCCUAGUACUUGUACUACGUAGUUUGGGAGUCCAUGUUCGCGUUUGAAGCGUUUGCUAAGCUGACGUUCAGUGGCCGAUGGAUGAUGUUUGUGACAUAGAAAAUGAAUACAUUCAUUUGUUGACUGUAGUUUUUGCUUAAAAUCGGGUUCAAUUAUAAAACGUGUUGAGUUGGUGAAAACAUAAAAGUUUAUAAUUUAAGUUUCACCAACUGAACACGCAUCAAAAUCUUGACGUGUCGAGUUGACGACAUGAGAAAUGUUAAAAUUUUGAGUUUCACCAACUGAACACAUUCUUGAUGAGUUAAGUGUGUUGAGAUGACGAAAGACCCAUUUUUUCCAUACCAAUGGGAUAAUACGUGAAGACUUCUUGGCUAACCCUGGCGGAGUAACGAAGGAAAAAUAUUAUCUAGAAUUGAUCAUAUCGAAGAAAAUGUUAAAAACGAACUUGGAAACAUAUCCAAAUCGUUUAGUCCAUAUCUAGCUAUCAUAUCCUGCCGUUUGUAACUAUCUACUGUUGAAUUUUUAUAUCACAAGUAUUCUAGAUUUAUAGAAACAUAUUACAAUAUUAUUCGUCUUCGAAAAAAGCCUGUAUAUAAUGGCUAACCAUAAGUUCUAGAAAGUCAAUGACAAUAAUAAAUAAUUCUUGACAAUAAAAUACUGUAAACCCUUUAUUAUAAAUGUUGCUAUUGCUAUAUUUUAUUGUUGAAGACUGGUAUUUUUUAUAUAAUUUAUUAUUUUAAAUAAUAUUGGAAAAGGAUACGACAAUAAUGUUAUACAAAGCGACGACUGGAGUGUCUAUGAUAAUAAUUUUUAUUGAGUUUUACAUUCGUUAUGCUUCAAGCUAAAUAUUGAAAUUUUAGCAAAAAGUAUACUUUUAAUUAUAAAAAAAAAAACUUUAUGUAUUAGAUUAUAAAAAAGUUAUUGUUUAAACUCAUGACAAUAAAAAAUUAUACUUAAAUUCGUGUUGUAGUAUUUAGCUGCUUCCAAAUGUAAAUAAAUUAUCUAUGGUGUCUAUGCCAAAACUUAUCGCUGUUAUUACUGUUAAAAUAUCGUUUAGAUAUUAUCUAGUUAAUGAUAGAUUUAAAUAAUGGACUGUACAUUGUUUGUAUAUGCCUGCAGUAUUUACCUUAUAUCAUUAUUAACCGUUGUCCUAUAUUUAAACAAUUUUUAACAAUUUUGUUUGGCUAAAAGAGAACUCAAAAAAUUGUUUAAUUCAUGAGUGUAUUAAUAUUAAUACAAUAAAUAAAAGAUAGUGAGACAAUAACUUACAUCUAAUAAUUAUAUUCGAUCUUAUUCGAUGUGAUAUUAACCGUUGUUUUUAUUAGAUUUUUUAUGUUCAAUGUUCCAUAAAAAUAUAUAUAAGCUCCUUUAUUUUAUUUUUUGGUAAGUAUUUUUUAUUAUGAUGGAAUCACCUACUUACGGUACCUCGUUUAUUUAUUUUUGUCCUACUUUAAGUUUAUAUAAACUUAGAAAUCAAUUUAUAAAACGGGUCGUGCAAUAUACAUUGUACAUAAUGAAAUAAUAAUUAAGUAUUUCAUAAUAAUCGAAAGUUAUGCACAAAGAAUAAACGCCAAUCAAUGUUGUUAUUGUAAGCCUAGCUAUAGGAACUUGUCGUUAUUUAAUGAACAAUACCUUUCUAUUUAAUCCUGUGACAUUUAUAAAUCGUGUUAAUUCUUACCUAAACAGUUUUUUGGCAUGAACGUGCUUAUGAUAAAUUCAAACAUGAAACAUGACAGUUUACCCAAGUGCUGAAGAGUUACCUACGUUUUACGCACGUAUCGCAGCUUGCCAAAGUGAUUUUUUAAUAAAAAAGGAAUCAAUAUGAUUAUUAUAGUAGGUACCUACUUAGUUGAUAAGAUAAAGAAAAUAUAGUUUAAAAAAAAAUGCUUGUGUUAAUGUUAUCCACUUUUGUAUGACUUUGAAAAAAUAAAUAUUCCAUUGAAUAGGUACGUUCAUGUUAGGCCUCCUUUGACUUAUUACAUGGAAAACCCCGUCAUUCCCUAAACACCAAAUUCGCAAUGUUUCUCUAUGAAAGUAAACAGCUAUUUAAUUGAAGUCAAUUAAUUACUGUAAAACUUAACUUUUAACAUUCAAUUGCAAAAUAAUUGUUGUAAGAUCGCCAUAUUUGUCUGUAAUAAUCGUUAAACAAUUUAUUUGUAGAUAUGAAAAGCUUAAAAUAUGUUUGUCUAUAUAAUAAUUGUUAAUGUAGACACACACGUGAUAAUAUCAAGUGCUAAUUUCUUAGACGCACAACGAAAUUAAAGUUUUAAUUAUGAGUUUGAUUACUUUUUUGCACAAUAAAUAUGAAAUAUUUGAUGUAGGAAUGUAUACAGAAUAUGAAUCAGGUAGUUGACACUGUAAGUUACUUCAAAAUAAAUUAAAACGAUUACCUAUCUGCUGGAUUUUUUAAGUGCGACAAACAGCAUUUCAACUGUUUGCUGCCGCGCACAUGGACAGAAUUCGCUCGGAAAAUCCGCUAGAGUGAAAGCUCUGUAGAAAAGCGCAAAAAUCCAAGUGUAUAUUGAUUUCAGAGCACCUCGAACUGGCUACCAACCUAUACAUUUUUAAAGAAAUAUUUUUACGUUGUUUUGUGUCAGCUACCUUUUGCAUUUAGGACUAUUAUGAAUCUGUUUUUUUUAUAUUUACUUAUUGCAAACUUACACUUAGCUAUACAUAUCUGAAUAAUGUUAUAGAAUCUUAUGAAUAACAUAAAAUUGUAUUACUCCUUGUAGGUGUUUAGCUUGACAAUAACUUUUGUAUAGUAAGUUUUAAGUGAGAUUACUAACGUUAUGUAAAAUCAUUGAAGUGAGAAUCGCACUGAUCUUGCCGUUAAUUAUUUACCAGUAAUUAUUUCAUAUUGAUAAGUAAUUUAAACUGCAUUCACAUGUAUAUUAAAUUAGUCAUUUUUAUUCCUGUUUAAUAUCUAAUAUGAAGCAGAUAGCCACCAUCAAACAGAAACGUCUAUUACCUAAAUACCUACUUUGUAAUUUUCGAAGGUUUUUCCCUUAUUCAUUAAAAACGUUAUCAUAUUUGAGCAAAUACUUGAUAAUUAUUUAGGUAUAUUCUAUAACGGCGUCUGUUUACGACUUCCAUUCUUCUAAGUAUUGCCAGAACAAAAUAAAUUUCUUUGGUCAGUGCGAUGAGUGGUACAUACAAUACCACAUAGGUCGGUUAGUUCUAGUUUUGCGAUGAGAAUAUAAAUUCCUAUCGUAAAUAUUGUUGUUUCUGUGUAAGUACAUAUGCCUAAUAACGUGUUGAUGGUAAAUAAACGUUCUAAAAAAUA